AUGAGAAGGAUCGAGACGAGGACCUCCCACAAAAGGAAGGCUCUGCUCAAAGCACAGCGGCGUGGACUUUGGGCCAAUUUAUCGAUUAUCCCUGAGGUUGAGGAGCCAUCAAAAUACUCAGCGGGGAAGAAGUGGGCGAUGACCAUCAUUGUUGCAUUGGCGGCUGCGACUAGCUCCACUGGUUCUGCCAUCUUUUAUCCUGCUCUGCGUCCAGUUGCUGACGACUUGCACACCUCACAAACUGUAAUCAACUUAUCAUUGGCCUUCUACCUGUUCAUAAUGGCGAUCACGCCUAUGUGGUGGUCUUCUUGGUCAGAAACUCUAGGACGGCGGACAGUCUACAUCAGUUCGUUCCUGCUUUUCGUCAUAUUCUCGGCCAUCAGUGCUGUCAGCGUCAACAUCGAAAUGCUUAUUCUCUUCCGAAUUCUCACUGGUGGCGCUGCGGGUGCUGUGCAAACUGUCGGCUCAGGAACAGUUUCUGAUCUUUGGGAACCCAGAAAGCGAGGCAAAGCGAUGGGAAUAUUCUUCUUGGGUCCCCUCUGCGGACCAGGUAUUGCGCCUAUCAUUGGCGGUAUCUUGACCCAAACGCUCGGUUGGCGAAGCACGCUCUGGGCGCUUUGCAUUUUUGGCGGUGUCCUGUUGCUUUCUAUCAUACUUCUGCUCCCCGAGACUGUUGCGAGACGCACACCAGAGAAAAAGAGCCCCAUGGCACGCUUCAUUGAUCCAAUCAAGACUCUCGGCCUACUCCAACACCCUCCUGUGCUGGUAACGGUUUUCUCUGGCGGCCUGAGUUUUGCUGCACUCUAUAUCAUCAACAUCGCGAUCCAGUCAGAUUAUAGCUCGGCCCCGUACAAUUUCGAUGAGAUCAUCGUCGGCUUGCUCUAUAUAGCUCCGAUGCUGGGUUACGCCGUUGCUUCGCAAACCGGCGGACGUUGGAUCGACUACCUUAUGGCUCGUGGUGCGCAGCGAGCGAGUCGCUACGAUGCUGAAGGCAAACUAAUUUAUCUACCCGAAGAUCGCAUGCAAGAGAAUAUGUGGAUUGCAGCCUCUCUCUAUCCUGGCGCUAUGAUUUGGUAUGGCUGGGUCACUGAAUAUGGUGUCCAUUGGAUCGUCUCUUGCAUUGCGAACUUUUUCUUCGGUAUUGGCGCUAUGCUCGUUUUCGGCGCUGUCACAACUAUGCUAACGGAGUUCACACCUAAGAGGGCUUCGGCUGGCGUGGCCUUGAACAACUGUGUCCGACAAGUCUUGGCCACUAUUGCGACAGUGGUUGUUCAGCCGUUGAUCAACGCCAUCGGCACGGGAUGGAUGUGCACUAUGAUUGCCCUGUUUUGUUGGGUUACCGGCAAUGCAGCUAUUUAUAUGCUGAAAAGGAACGGACCUCAGUGGAGAGAGAAAAUGGAAAAAAAGCUGGAUGCUACUAAGAAACAGGAGAAAUGA